AUGAGGAGGGCAUAUCCUCAAACCUCGAUACCAUCAGAAUCGCAAUCUCAAGACUCGACCCAACAACCUUCCAUUGACAUUCAACCUGCUCAACCUAUCCCUUUUAUCCGUCCGCUCACUCCCAUUCCUGAAUCUUCAUCCGGACCUUCUGUUCCAACAGAGGAAUCAAUCCCCAAAGAAACUUUGAGUGAUGAACAACCCGAGUCUGGUAGCUCGUUAGAAGAAACUGGUGAUAGUGGUGUGGCAUGGACUCAAUCUCAAUUGAACCAUAAUGCCACAAUAGAAGCUGAGCAGAAGGUAAUUGGGGUUCAAGGAAGUUCAGACAGUCGAGCCAUCGUCCCCUUUGAAGCUUCAGUACCUAACCGUCCUCCUACAAAAUCGCCUUCACCUUCGCCUCAGGAAUCAUCUACACAUAUUCCGACAGUAGGACCAACGUCUCCUGAAACAGAGAAGGAUAAUGUGGAAGACUCGGUGCAACAAGGUGCGGGCGACAAGGUUGAUGCAGAAGAGGAAGUACUCGAAGCUACAGAAGUCGAUGCGAGCUCCAGCAUCGAACCCCCUGAACAAUCUCAAUUACCCUUAUCUCCCCCUCGACUUCGUACGACAACUCGGCCUCACCAUGAGAUCAGCAGUCCCAAACGUUCGUUAGCUCCCUGCACUUCCUUCUCACCAACCAAGCUGACUAAUCGUUCGAUCAAAACACCUCAGAGAGCUUCAAGUUUCAGGAGGACUUUAUCUCUCAAGAAAAAGAAAACAGAGUCUUUAGAGGACAGUGAAGAAUCGUUGUUUGGGAAGGAUCUUGCUCCUGUUAGUGUAUCCAAUCCAGUAGAGCGAUUGAGCAGGUUACUCAAAGGACAUUCCGAGCCUAUCUCGAAUGGCAGGAGCAAUUUUGCGAACAAAAAGGACUCAAAAAGGGUGGACGACAAGCAGCAGGAUCAGAGAGAUGAGAAAUCUCCUCCCGAAGAUGAGAAGAGGAAAUCUAGUUCGGAUGAAGAAGAAGAGGACGUACCUCUUAAUUGGGAUGAGUCCAUAGCUGCUGCGAAUGGUCACAUCUCAGACCAGGAUGUCAAUGACCCGAAAUCAUCCCCUCUGCCUCAACUUGCUAAGUCCCCAACACCACUUUCUCCUCAAAAUCUGCCUCAGUUGCAACGAUCACGUUUUGGCCAAUUUGCUGGUCCUGGAUCGACAGCCUCUGAUAAGCUUGACAACUCUCAGAAGCUCUUUUCAUCUCAAGCAGAAGAGUCAUACAAUAACCAGGAGUCCCAGCGGUCGGUCCUUUUCCAAGCAACUCAGCUAGUAGCUCGACAGCCCAGCUCGCCGCCCAUGGACUACACCACAGAUACACCUCCUGCGGAAAUCGCUUUCGAAGCUACUCAGGCUGAUGAAACGCAGCUGAAUGAAGAAACAAUCAUCGACCACGGGCAUGUAAACGACCGAGAAGGUGACCACAUUCCUGCUGUCCAAGCUCUUUCCCGAGCGCCAUCACACCUGUCCAAUGGCUCAAGAACUGUACCAUCCCAUCGGUUGCUUCAACGCCGCUCACGACCCGAGAUGGAUGAUGGCAAGCUCAGGACUCCUUUUCGUGGUCCAGAUAUAAUUCCUCCAACAGGGCAGCUGCCCAAUGCGAAGCAACUGCGACUCAAGCCUACUCGUUCAGAAGCUGAUGUGCUUCCAGCAGGUUCUUCCCCUUUCAAAAAGUCUUCUCCUAUAGAUCGACAUAAAUCCGAAGCUUCUGCAUGGGAUGAGACUCUCAAAAACAGUCUGGAACAGCAUUCACUGUCCACCAAUGGAGAUACGUCUCAAAUCCCUCUGGAACCCACAAGAGAGAAUGAUUUUCAAGCCAAGGAUGCUUUGUCAGGUCCGUCCCCUUCUCACUCUGGCGCUGGUCCAAUUGCAUCUUCAAGUAGGUCUCCUUCACCUCGUCGAUCCUCGCCUCUCAUCGUCGCUCAACAUUCAGCAGCGGAUCAGCAAGUGUCAUCAUCAGAGGUGAAUCAAUAUCAUGGUCCUUCCUCGCCUCGCCCAGCGUCGCCACAGCUAUCUCGCAAUCAGAACGGAGUCUUGCCGAAUAGGCGGAGAGCUUCUUCUGCUCCUGUCCAAGAGCAUCGAGGAGGUUCAGACGCGAGUCACAGCAGCUCGGCGCCGGAAGAUGAGGAAGAUCACACUUAUCGACCCGCGAAGAAGAUUCGAAAGCAUAGGCGAGAGCCUGGCUAUGUUGCCGGUCCCCCAGCUGGACCCUCUCGGAUGCCCAACACCGACGCCACCAUACUGUCAAAGAGGAAAAGGAAGCGGGUGGUCCGUUCAAGCUCUCUGUCAAACCCACCUUCAGAUGAGGACAAGAGCAGUUCUCCUGCCCCCGAGGAUCCUGAGGACAACACGUAUCAACCGACAUUAGUUCCACAUCUGAAACUCAAGCCUGAAAAAGGAAAGAGCAGGGAGAGGCCUUCUGCACCUAGUAGUAAAGGCUCCAGCAGACCUCCCAACGUCAAGAAGUCAAAGACAAAUGCCCAAGUUGCGGUACUCUCACCUUCCCUAUCUCUUGCCUCUGAGGUGAUCCCAGAAACCAAUUCCGAGACCCAUAGAGUGCUCGCCGCGUACUAUAACCGAUAUUAUCCUGGUCUCGCCACAUGGACUGGUAAAUCAUACAAGAUUGAUUUUGAUGAUGGCGAGAGAAGAACUGGUGUAAAAGCUGCACAAAUGCGACAACUCGUAUUUGUAAAAGGAGAUAGGCUCGAAGCAAGUACAAAUAGUUCGCUACCUGAAAGAUUCAUCGUGUCGGAAGAUUGGGAUGGCAAUACUGCUGGAGUCAGAUGUCGAUCGGAGCAAGGUGGAAAACUAGGAAGAGUGCAGUUCAAUCUUUUCGGUAUUAAUGCGAAAUUCAUCCACUCUAAGUUUGGUGAUAGACUGUUUGAAGACACACAUCACCAGCAGAUCCCGACAAACAUAUCUGGACUAAUUGGAAAUCGUUUGAUAGGAAUCUCACGAAGAGCUUCUGAACCUCGUUCGCCUGUUAAACGCUCUAAUGGUUAUGCAUCUCCCGCUUUAUCUAGGAGGUCAGCAACGCCAACUAGGAAGACGUCUGACAGAUUGAAGGGUACAUUAUUUAUCCUCACUAGAGGACUUCCCGAUGCGCAACAACAACUAUCAGCCAAGAUACGAUCUCAAGGUGGCAAAACCACCACAUCAUGGGAGGAACUAUUCGAUCGAUCUUCACCUGGAGAAUGUGGCUUUGCCAAGAACUUGGCGGGAACUCCAUUCUUGAUUUUACUAGGAGAGGGCGUUGAAGGAACGAUCAUGACUCCAAAAGUAAUGACUGCUCUCGCAAAAGGAAUUCCAUGCCUCAGCGCCAAAUUCGUUGCAGAUGUGGUGGACUACGAUGAGAAGAUCGAUUGGAGGUCUUAUCUGAUCUCUCCCGGUUUCUCCAAUUACGUAGGACAUCAUAUGUCUCAAGUUGUCGAUACGACAUGGGGAGAAGAAGGCUGGAUUCCUUCUGCUGCUAUCCCUGUCAGACGACCAUUCAAGGGAAACAUGAUACUUUUCAUAAUUCCUGGGUCGAAAUAUGAUGACCUCAAGCGUCUUAUCCCACUUUGUGCCUAUUCAAUGGGAGUAGAAGAUUUCACGAUGGUACCGAACACGAAAUCCUUCGAUACUACCAUCAAAGAUGCAAAGUGGGAUUAUAUUCUCUUGGAAGAUAGAGAAUAUCUUGAUAAAAAGAAGCCAUUACCAAAGAAUCUUCAGGAUGACGAGAGGUUGUGCAACGUGCAUUGGCUGAAACAAUGUCUGAUCACGGGAUCGGUUUUACCACCUUCUUUGGACGCUGACAAGGAAACAGAAAAGGACAAGAAGAAGUAG